CAGGCCCCGUGGAUGCUCUAGCAGACGUUUUGUACGUACUGUAGGUACAGCCACGCUGCGCUGAUGACGACGACCACUUCGGACGAACUCACACGGGCCGGGUACGAGCAUACGACCGUUGUUGAUCGGAGCGCGUGGAUCGAACGAAAUGCUGUCUGCUUCUGGUUGGUCUCGUGCGUUGACUAUAUAAUUCGGCGUUCUUUUUGAUAAGUGGUGACAGGACAAGCAAGACAAUGUUGAACAUUCAGGAAGAAUUUGACGAGCAUGAGAGAAAAGGUACAUGGAGGAUGGAAUUUCAGAAAAUAAACAUUGAAAGUCACCAGUAUGAUUAUAGCACCACAGAAGCAAAGAAAGAAGUCAACAAACCGUACAACAGAUACCGAGACGUCAGUCCUUAUAACCACACACGCAUAGUCCUCUGUAACGGCACCUCAGAUUACAUCAACGCCAGCCUGGUAACGGAGAAACGAGCCAACCGCAGAUACAUCCUCACUCAGGGUCCUCUUCCCACGACAAUCGGCCACUUCUGGCAGAUGGUGUGGGAGCAGAAGAGCAAGGCAGUCAUCAUGCUCAACAACAUCAUUGAAAAGGGAACGCGGAAAUGUGCCGAGUAUUACCCCGUCAGUCCCGGCAGCUUGCAGACAAUAGAAUGUGAGCACACGGACCUGCAAGUCAGCAUCCUGAGGGAAGACGAACAUUCCUUUUACACCGUCCGCACCUUGGAACUCAAAAACAGAAAAACAAACGAGUCAAAUGAGGUCCUCCACCUCCACUACACCAAGUGGCCGGAUUUUGGCGUGCCCAAGUCCCCUGAGGCAUUCCUGAAGUUUCUCCAUCAUGUGCGGCAGACAGGGUCAUUGGCAGAGGACGUGGGUCCCCCGGUCAUUCACUGCAGUGCGGGGAUUGGAAGGUCGGGCACGUUCUGCCUGGUGGACACAUGUUUAGUGCUGAUAGAGAAAGCAGGCCAUUUGGACGGCGUCAGCGUGGAGGAGAUCCUGUUGGACAUGCGGCGGUGCCGAAUGGGCCUGAUUCAGACCCAUGACCAGCUACGGUUCAGCUACCUGGCCAUCCUGGCUGGAGCCCGGGCCAUUCUAGACGGGAGGGGCCUAGUGUCCUUAGCUCGUGAAGAGGGAGAAGAAGAAGCUCCGCCCCCGCUACCGAGGAAGUUAAAGCGUCCGCACUCACCAGAGGAGCAGGAUGGCAGUGACGUGAAGACAGCCAGGCAGGAUGACACCAAUGACGUCAAGUCACAUGACCACGACGGCAACCCCAGUACAAGCGAGAUGGAGCUGCGGCGGCGGCGGCGAGAGGAGAAGAAGCGCAGCCUGCAGGAGAAGGUCAGCGAGAUCCGAAGGGCACGGGAACCAGUCGGAAUCCCAGACAAGACAUCGCCUCCCCUUCCAAAUUGUAAAUUGGACCAGCACCCUGAUCCAUGACCCCAGUUGACCCAAAGGUCAACCUGGGUUGAGUAAGGUUUUUUGCCUCCCCCAAUUCCCCUUUUUUCCAUCUUCGCUGGUGUGUCCUGGGUUUUUGUUCGGGUAUUUUGUGUUCUACAUCAUUCAUUGUGGACCUGCCUGGUUUGAUUUUUGAAAGCACUUUUUUUGUAAAGUAAAGUAGAUUGUAAACACCUGCUGCUACGUCUCGUUGUGUGUAAGUUUUGGCCAGUCUGAUGUACUGUGCCAAUCAAGUCGGUGGCGGGAUUUUAAUAUACCUGCACACACAGCACUGGUUGAAAGUAUCCACUGGCAAAAUAUUCCACCUCCUGUGUGAAUAGUUCCUAUACUAUGCAGGUGGGCAUGGUUUACCAGAGACUCUUCGGGGGUGGGGGGAAUUCUCGAGGAUUUAGAAGCCAUACAGCAAGAAGACUCUGAUGGCACAAGAUGGAGGAUGCUCACUUGCUCAGCCAUGUAUUAGCCUAGUGAUCUACAGAUUGUGUGGUUGCAUACCACUGUGGUACCGGUACGUAAUGACGAGGUGUCAAAAAAUGCAAGGCCAACAUUGUUGUGAGUUGGAGGGUUGAGAAAAGAUAGGGUUAACUUAAUAUUUGCAAAAUAUGUUAGAAAUUUCAACUACAUCGUGUAUUGGUAAAUUUGAAAUUGUAAUUUAAAAAUCUAGUCUUUGAUUAAUUCAAUGCUCAAAGGAAAAGGUUGGUUGCUACAUAUUGGUUUAUGACGGUUCUUUUUUUUGGUUCUGUUUUGCUUUGUUCUUGCAUUUUCUCUGUUCGUUGAUCGUAAUCUUUUUUUGAGGGCUUUGUUUUUUAAUCAUUGCUCCCUGAGUGUUAUAUGUUCAACUGGGAAAUUGUACUCUGGUGCCAAAGUAAGACUUUGUUUUGGCCUCAGUCUCAGACCGUAGAGAUUGGCAAGUUAACAAAAUACUUGUAUAUUGUGGAAUAGAAGCCAUAAGACGUAUUCACAACAAACAAAGACACAAACAUCAUGGGAUAAAGAGACAGCAUUCAGUAAAUCUUUCUGAUUACAAUCAGAUGGGUGGUUGAAGAAAUGAAUAAUUUUUUCUUGAGUAUGUGUGGUUGGCUUAAAAAUGCAAGUAUUAUUAGCACUUUUAAUUUAGCAUUCUGUAGUUUUUUCUGCAUAAAUGGUAGCAACAUUUUAACUCCCACAAGUGAAUACUGGACAGUGUGCACUCAACUCUUGUUUGUUUUUUUCUCACAUUGGUGAGUUUAUCAGCAUUGAUUUUUACUGAUCAUUGAGAAGUUAUUUGCCGUACAUGUACAUUUACCAGAACUGUCAGUGUGUCGGAAAUCUGAAAAAAAAAAUAUCUAUGCACUUUUUAGUCUUGAAAACCUUUGACGGGAAGCGAAGAAAACCAUUGACAUGGAUGGCA